AUGACGCCUGAGUCUCGAUUUACUCGCUCAACAGCAGUAAGGCUUUCGCGACAAUGCCUAGAGGCUAUACACGACCUACAUCGUACCGGCAUCUUGCAUAGAGACAUUAAAGCCAGUAAUUUUGCUUGGUCUUCCGAGCGAAUCGUCUAUUUACUUGAUCUCGGUUUUUGCAGGAGAUUUCUAGUUUUGAACGAGAACGAGGUACGGCAUCGACCACCAAGAAAACAGGUUGCAUUUCUUGGUACAAGCAAGUAUUGUUCGCCGAACAUGCACAAAAAACUAGACCAAGGCAGGAGGGAUGACUUGUGGGCUUGGCUCUACAUGACAGUGGAAUUUAUGGCAGGCAAGCUAAUAUGGCGAAACGAUGAGGAUAAAGUGAUUGAGAAGAAAAAAGAGAAUAUUGGUUCGCGACUACUGCUGAAAUGUCCUCAGGAAAUGUACAUGAUUUACGAUCAUAUUCGACAUCUUGAAUUUAAAUCGAAACCAAACUAUGAAAUGAUACGUAGACAACUGAAUAAGAUUUGUGCCAGGCUAGAUUACUCCGAGAGUCAGCCAUACGACUGGGAGGAAGGAGGGUACUAUCAUGAGUAUUACACCAAAAAAUCUGAUACUGAAAAGGACCUAACAGGAAAAGAAUCAAACCUGUAA